AUGACAGAAGGAAAUCGAUGUAUUGAGCAACGAACAGUGGCGGAGAGAGGUAAAAAGAGGAAAGAAAUAGUUUUUUGUGAAAAUAGAGAUCGGAUGACAGAAGUGCUGGAUGUGAUAGACAAUGUGACAAACACAACAAGAAAAACUCUCAACUAUGGCGGGGAGGAGGAAAUGUUGAUGACAGUCGGUGGUUACGUCGGUGCAGCUGUAGUGUUGUUUCUAAUUGGAUUUUUCGGAUUUUUCCUCAAUCUGGGAGUUAUUAUUCUUAUGUGGAAAGACAAACAGCUAAAAUUAGUCUAUUCUGUUACAGGCAUAUCAUCGAUAACAACUUUGACGGUAUUAGCGUUUGAGAGGUAUCUAAUAGUAUCGAGACCCUUCAGAAACCACGGACUUAGUAGAAAAGAAGCCAUGCUAUUUGUGAUAGGAAUAUGGUUAUAUUCUUUAGCUCUUACAGUACCGCCACUCAUCGGAUGGGGGAAAUUUGUUGCAGAAGCUGCUAAUAUCAGCUCUUCUCUACCUGAAUAUAGUCACAUACGGAGUUUAAGAAGACAAGUCUACGUGAGUCCACAUAAUUUUUCUCUACCUGAUUCAUUCACACUGGACUUUGAUGACACCACAUAUCGAAUAUUUCUGUCUCAAGAUGGUAUGGUUUGCUACAAUUGUAAAAAACCUGGACAUAUCGUAUCCCAGUUUCCCGAAUCUACAAAUGCAUCGCCAUCCACUCAAACAAACACAAUACCACAAACUACUACUCCAACUGUACCGUCUGUAUCCAGUAUGCCGAUUGUCUCGGCUAAUAUAAAGAUACCUUUUCACACUAUAACACCGCAAACCAAUAUCCUACCCUUAUCUAUUCAAUCAACGACCGUUUCAGCGAAUAUACAGCAAUCAGCAACCGCAGAAAACUCAACACAAGAAGCCAUCACUCAACCCUUACCUAAGGAGCAAAGUCCACCAUUAAAAGACUCGGGUCACUCAAAGCGCAGCAUCAACGAAAUUCUUUUACCAGACACGGAUGUAAUUGACAAGGAAAACAGCAUCUUCACCCUUCCUAAGAUAAAACCUAAAUCUAAAAAACAAAGUCCAACUCUUCACCUUCAACAGUUGCCUCGAGUAAUACCAAUCUACAUCGACUGGAGCCAGCCAAAGACUUUAUCAUUAACCACUCCUUUUAUACUUAAUUAUGACCAACUUCAGUUACUUUUAACUAAUGUAACUAGUUCUUCAGAUCCUAUCAAGAAUAUACUUUAG